UAGUCGUUAUGAGCCUAUAAGAAUAAACGUGACGAGUGACUUUCAAUCUCAGACUGGUAUGCAGCAGCAGGCAGCGACUGUUUUCCUUAUCAUGUUCGCCCUCUUGUAUUAGUCUCCAUACCUUCGUGGCCAACUCGAUUUAUCGCGUGGCAUAAGAUAACAAUGCAGAUAUUUAUAAAUUUUGAAUUAAUGAAUUAUUAUAUGAAUUAAAAAAUAAAUUGUUAUCAAUAUUAUAAUAAUUUAUAUUUUUAACUGAAUUAAAAAGGUAGAUUAAAUUAGUCCCCUACAUAAUGAAAGUUAAAAACUGAUGUUAUAAAAAGUAAAUGACUUGAUAAUUUUCUUGAUUUUCUUGAAUUAAAAAAAUAUAUAUAUAUUGAUCUUGAGUUCUAAUUUUAUUUAAGUGUGCUCGAUUUUCAAAAUGCACACCUUACUUACCCGUGGAAAUGCGAUCUUAGCAUACACAUUAAGUGUUUCAGCAUGUCUUACAUUUUGUUGCUUCUUAUCCACAGUUUUUAUUAAUUAUAAGACUGAUGUUUCUUUAAAUACUAUAAAAAUUGUUGUUAAAAAUGUUCCAGAUUAUAGCGCUUCUAGGGAAAAAAAUGACUUAGGAUUUUUGACAUUUGAUAUACAGACUGAUCUGACAUCAUUAUUCAACUGGAAUGUCAAGCAACUGUUUAUAUACCUCAUAGCGGAGUACGAAACAGCUGUUAAUAGUAUAAAUCAGAUAAUUUUAUGGGAUAAAAUAAUUUUACGUGGAGAUAAUGCUGUAUUGGACUUCAAGAAUAUGAACACAAAAUACUAUUUCUGGGACGAUGGAAAUGGAUUAAGAGGCAACAAGAACAUCUCAUUAUAUUUAGCAUGGAAUGUGGUUCCAAAUGCAGGAUUAUUGCCAUGUAUAAAUGCGAUUGGUCGUCAUAAUUUUGCAUUUCCUUCUGAAUAUACUACAUCACGAGUAUAAUUUUAACUUUUUUUGCAAAUAAAGUUUGAUUUUAAGAACAAUA